UGAUUUUCUGGUAGUGGCAGAUGCGGCUCCACCUUGGGGAUUUGAGGUAGUCAAAUGACAGCACGGGACACGGCGACGAUCACAGAAUCACUGGAGAGAUCUUUAAAGAAGUGUUCUUUGAACCACGAAAUAGACGGCGGAAGCGACGUCGGUGGGGCGGCUGCUGAUGAAGAAGGGAGGAGAUCAGGAGAUGAUAACAACCUUUCAAACACCGUCUCUGACACUAGGUUGGAGCUCAACUCCCAUCUCUCUCUUCCUUACCAUUGGGAACAAUGCCUUGAUCUAAAGACAGGGGAGAUUUAUUACAUAAACUGGAGGAAUGGAACGAAAGCAAGCGAGGAUCCAAGGACAGCAGCUGGUUACGGUGGAGAUUUCUACUCCGAUGAAGACGAUGACAGCUUGUACGACAGCGAUGAGCUUUCAUCGGACUCGUCUCCCUCAUCUUCUUCAAGAGGUAAAGCGCAUUACAACGAUGACGACGACAACGAGGACCGACGCCUUGGGGCGGAUAAAGACAAAGAUAAUGUAUUGGUUGUUGCUGGUUGUAGGAGCUGUCUGAUGUACUUCAUGGUUCUCAAGCAAGAAGAAGAUUGUCCCAAAUGUAAGGAUCAUCUUCUUCACUUUGAUCGACCCGAAACUAUGCUUCCAUGAAACCCACAUUUUGUACCUUUUCUUCUUUAGCUUGGUUUUGUUCAAAUCAAAGAGUGCAUUGCUAGGCUAGGCGUGCCUCUGACUGUGACUGUGUGGAGUGAAAAACAAAGAAUAAUAUUUGCCAUGUCGUUCACCUU